AUGGAGAGGUGGAGGUCACUUGGAGAAAACUGGAUCAAUAUUUCAAUCAAAAUAUUUAUUACUUUUGUCUAUUUUUACUUUCUUUUUUGUCGUCUUUUCUCUCAUACUCGAAACCUCUCCUUGCUUAGCAACGAAGCACCACCCUUGCCUCUCAUCACCCCCACCUCGGUUGCCUCUCAUCUCACCAGUAGAUUGAACCGCCCGCCUCCUGUUUGCCUCUCAUUUCACCAUCCGUCUCUCAACUUUUCAGUUGGGUUUUGUUAUUCCGGCCCUCUCCUUGGCUCCGACUAUAAGUUAUGGAUCAUCAACUUCAUUAUGAGUUUGACCCCUUCCCAGAUGAUGCAGAGAACAAUACCAAACAUAACUACCAAGUUUUUAGCUUCUGUGAGAAAGUCUCUGCACCUAAAAAGACUCAGAAAGUUCUUUAGAGAACGAUCAAUCGUGGUCGUAACUUCUCUAUUGUUUCCUCUACAUCAUCAUCAGAGGGUUCGGUAUUGGUGCUCCUUCUAUUUUUACGCCUUGGAAAGAAAUCCAUUGCUAUGCAAAAUUGUAGUAGAAAUGUUGAUUUUGAGUCAUUAGAAUGUUAUACAAGUGCAUUGUUUAUA